GAAGAAGCAUUAGUAAUUUUUUUUUCAAACUUAUUUGGAACAUUUAUAUAUAUAAGUGUUAUAAAAAUGAUUAAUAGAAAUAAUGUGGAUUUUCAUUUAAGUAAUAUAAUUGUUGAAUAUAUUCAGAAAAAAAAAAUUCAUAAAAAUAGAUCUUUUUUAACUGCUUUUGUAUAUCCGAAGAUUCCGUAUUUUUUAAAAAAAAUAAUUAUGAAAAUUUUAAUUUUUUCAUGUCCUUAUAGUCAUAUUGGAAAUAAAUAUAUUGAUAGAGUUUUUAUGAAUAAUGUUGAAUUAUAUUCAUCAAUUAUAAUGGAUUUUUACUUAAAUGAAUUUAUUUGUUCUUUUUUAAGUUACGUUUUAUUAUAUAUUUAUUUAUUUACAAAAGACAAUUUAUCUUAUCCUAUUCAAAUUAAUUUAAUUUUUACUCAAUUAAUUUUUUUAUUUUCAAAUGAUAGUAGUCAUCUUAUUGGAGGACCUUUUAUGAGUUUAAGUUGGAUAAUUAAUGAUUGUAUACAAAAAAAAUUUAAAUUUCUUUUUUUAUUUUUUUUAAUUGUUUUUCAUUAUUUUGGUUAUAAAUUAGCUAUUUUAAUUCUAAAAAAACCUCACUUAUCAUUAUUAGAUGCAACCAACUAUUAUCAAAAUAUUGAUCAAGAUAUAUUACAAGAUAAUUUAACUGAAUACGGAAAAGUAGAUAUCUCCUUAAUAAUAAAUGAACACAUUAAGGAUAGUAAUGUAGUAGAUUCUUAUUUGGGUAGAUUUUUUCAAAAAGUUCUUAAUUUAUAUUUAUUCAAAAUAUCAAAUAAAAAAAAAAAUAUCUAA